UCAUGGCGGAAGGAGUGACGAAGGCGGGACUUAGCUGUGCGUUCUAAUUUCCCCGACGUCUGCUAAUAGUCCAAGUAUUUUAGAGCCUUGCUUUCAUUUAUUUUUCACCUUGGGAGAGUUUUAAUGGGAAAAGGUAUACGUUUUUUGCGAGAUCUCAAAGUCUUUUCUACUCCCACGGCUGCAACUUCAUCGUAAAAGAAUCCUACCUCGUCAUCAUUUCAGUUUCAUCAUCAUCUUCCGCUGACUUUUUAUUGCUAUGAAAUAAUAUUUAUAGUAAGGGCGUGGUGGUUUAUUUCGAAUUUUGUGGGCGCGGAAAUUACCGUCUGAAAGAUGGAAAAGAGGAAUAAUUUCAUUCUCCUUCGCGAUUUGGAAGACCCCUCGACCCAAGAUUCUGGUGUACUGUGGGGAAUGUUGUCGAAUUACGUCUACGGAACGCAACCUCCGAUAGCCUUGAAAGGCGAAUUAUUUGAAGCUCGUUCAGUAGACGAACAACCCGCUCAAGACAGUGAGAAGAUAGCUUUACGUGGUCUGAAGCAAAAGUGUCUGGAGGUCGAUUGUCCUAAAGAAGAGUUACAAGUUAUCUCAUUAGAAGACGCUCAAAUUUUGCUGGCUGUUCAAUCCUUUAGUAAAAGAUGUAGCAUUGUGAAUGACAGACAGGAUCUUCUGAGAUGGGCUUUGACGGAGAAUGAAGGAUGUAAGGUACUUGUGUGGAUGGAUGAUUUAAAGAAGAAUGUGGAUGCAAUCGUUCAUUACAAAGGCGCCCUUCCUCCUUAUGAUGGGAUCAUGUUUGGUGUUGAGAUUGUGGAUCCCCGCUUUCAAAACAGAGGAACAACAGAUGGAGUGUUCCGAUGUCAGAGGUACUUCAAAUGUUCCCCCGGGGCUGGUUUGUUUGUGUCACUGGAUAGAAUCACAAUUCCUGUGGAAGAAGGGGAUCAGCAAGUGAAAGACAAUGACCAAGAUGAGUACACAUGCAUAGGAGAUGGAGAGAAGACUGGUGGAGAGGAUUCUGGAAUGGAAAGCUCAGGGCACUCUCUGAUCGAAGCUGAGCUUCUUCAAGGAAGGAGUGACGCUUUAAUUCUGGACGAAAAUAACGUGGAAGGAUCAGAAGUCAUUGACAAUAUAGAGAAAUGUGAAAGCGUCGAGCACGACUCCGAGAGUUUUGAAAAGGGAGAGAAAUCAAGCGAGGACGAAGCCGAGGACUUCAAACAGUUAUAUCUCCAGCAAAAGAAGCUAUUGCAUGAGACGCAGUAUUGUUUGAAAGAAAGCAAUAACAAGAUUGUUAGCUUGGAAAAGCACUUGGAUGAAGAGGUCACACUCGGAGGGAAACUGAGAGAGAAAUGUGAUGCUUUGUUCAAGAGUUUAACCGAAGAGGCACUUCACCGGGCAGAGGUAGAGAGUUUGUUAGAGGAGGAACGAAGUAAGAUUCGUAAAAUGCAGAAACAGUUUGACCGCGAAUGGGGUGAAUUUGAGAGGAGAUUGAUCGAAGAGCGCGCCUUGAGAUCAGAUAUUGAGCGACAGUUACAGGGCCUCAUGAAAGAAAUGGAGGAAGGAAGGAGUUCUAAGAUGGCGUUGCAAACGGAAUUAGAGGCCUUGAAAGAAAGACUGGAUCAUCAGGAAAAGACUGGCCAGCUCAAUGAAGGACCACAAGAUUCAGCAAUCUACCAGGGAACGAGUGAAAAUGAAGCUCAUCCGGAUCUGGAUUUAAGCGACUGGAUAAUAAGCCGUGACGAAAUAGAAGUGUCUAUAGGAAAGAGUCUGGGCACUGGUGGUUGGGGCGUGGUGAAGGAAGGAAAAUUCCGCGGCUGUAGAGUCGCGGUGAAACAGAUUCACGAACUGAUUCUCUCGCCUCAUAACAGGCGUUUGUUCAUGCGCGAGAUGGAAAUCGCCUCCAGGUGUCGGCAUCCCUGUCUUCUUCAGUUUGUCGGAGCAACAAAUGAUGAUGGCGUCCCUUUAUUUGUCACAGAACUGAUGGAUACCAGUUUGAGAGAUCUUCUUGAGAAACAACCGCUUAAUAAAGCAGACAUUGUCACUAUUGCGCUUGACGUGGCAAGGGCCCUUAACUAUCUGCACCUGAACAAACCUCCCAUUAUUCACCGCGAUGUGAGCAGCGCUAACGUAUUGCUAUGGCGACGAGACAAUCAGUGGCGUGCUAAAGUGUGUGACUAUGGUACCGCGAACUUCAUGAGACACUGUAGGACCAUAAACCCCGGGGCUGUCAUAUAUUCUGCACCAGAGGCCCUCUCGCUAGAGCAGUCGCCAAAGAUCGACGUUUACAGCUUCGGUUUGUUGCUCUGCGAAAUAUGCAUCCGGGAACUCCCCGUUCCUCAUCAAACUGAAGACCAGGUUUCAUUGAUAAAAGAUGAAGUCUUAAGAAACCUGGUGAAGAGUUGCGUACGACAAGAUCCCGAAGAAAGACCGAAAAUGGCCGAAGUAAUCGGGAAAUUGGAACAAAUAGAACGGACAAGUGAUGAAUAAAAUGUUAUGACUAAGUAAAUUAUUUGGGUGGGGCUAGGGAAGGGGAACUUGGCGAUAUGAAAAUAGACGAACAAUUAAUUUAUUUUUGAACUACAUAGACUUUUUCUUUCACGAGGUCUUGCAGUGCGUAAGAGGUUAAACAAGAUGAUGUAGACGUUCGAGUUUUUGAUAGAUAUUUUCGAAAUAUCUAGUGUUAUCCUUAUCAUUUGGAACUACAAUGCGAAAUGCGUAAAAAAACAAGCAAACAAACACCAAAGCUAGCAAAAAUAAGAAAAAAGUUUAAAUGUCAGGAAUUAGAUGGAGCGAGGCAUUUCUCGCUUAAAGGGUUCUUUGAAUAUUUGAGUGGGAUGCUUGUAUCUGAGACGUAGAUAGUCAAGUUCACUUCCACUAGGACAUUUACAGUUUGCAUUACAUAAAGAGUACACUAUUUGCCUUUGUUAUCUGAACUUUUUGCAGCCACUGAAAAGUUUUCUUGUCUUGUUUCAAACUUCUCGUGGAAAAAUUGAUUGGAAAAUAAGUAUUCCGGCAAAAAAUACUUGGGAUUGUCAACACAAUUGGGGGUAAGGGGCGCAUCCCAAUAUGUUGAAUCUCUAGGGUGGGGCGGGAGGAUUCUUAGGAACUUAAAUAAUUAUAGAAUCAAAUUAAAAUAAUUAGAUAGAAUAGGACUUGGAUUUGAUCGUAAGUUGAUUAAUUUUCAUUGUUCGAGGAUUUCCUUUUUCUUUGCUCUCCAAAGUAAGUACACUAGGAACGUUAGAAUUUUCAUACAAUUGUGGUUUUUUUUUUCGGAAUAGAAAGAAUAAAAGGGCGAAAUGGCGUAGUUACGACUGGAUUAAUUAUAUGGAUCAGGCUUAAGUGUUUAAGUUUAUUUACUAUUUUUCGAUGACAGCACAAUCUUAGUUUCAUCCAAGAUAUGAAGCCUGGGUAGUUUGUAAAGAAUGAUCCUGGGUUAUGAAUGCAUACGGUAUCUUAAUAUGUCAAUUAAAAAAUUGGGUAGGUACGAACUUAUUGUCUGCUA